AUGGGUCGCGAAGAACAGAUAGAAGAGCGCGAAGUGCUCGAGUCCAUUUUCCCCGAGGAGAUCACAGACAUCUCAGAGACAGAAUACAAGGUCACUGUGACGCUGGACAUACCCGACGAGGAAGAAGAAGAUCAGCCCAAGUUUGCCCUCAAUGUCAAAUACCCAGCAGACUAUCCCGAUGUGGCCCCUGACCUCGAGAUUCACACCGUGCCAAAUGCACCCUCGCAUCCAGACUUCAACGUGGGCGAGAACAGGGAGCAAUUGCUAGCCGGAUUGGACGAGACAAUACAGGAGAACCUGGGUAUGGCCAUGAUCUUCACGAUUGUGUCUGCCUUGAAGGAGGCUGCGGAGCAACUUGUCAUUGACAGGAAGGGUGCGGCGGAGGCGGAGAGAGAGGAGGCAGCUCUCGCCGCUGAGCGGGAGGAGAACAAGAAAUUCGAAGGCACCAAAGUCACACCGGAGACCUUCCUCAAAUGGAGAGCUGGUUUUUUGAAGGAGAUGGAAGAGAAGCGCAUUCGGGAAGAGGAGGAAAGGUUGGCCGACUUAAAGAAGGCCAAGGUGAAGGAGCCCACCAAGAUGACGGGACGACAGCUCUGGGAACAGGGUCUGGCGGGCAAGGUGGACGACGGAGACGAAGAGGAGGAAGGUGGUGUGCCGCCUACAGAGCAGAUGCAAAAGGUAAACAUAGAAGCAUAA